UUACCAGGCUUCGACGGCGUGCGGAUUCCAACAGCACGCCGUCGCCGUGGCGGCGCGGGAGCUACAGCAGCUCCAGGAGGGCGUCGAGCGCAGCGAUCGGCGCGGGCGCUACAGCAGCUCCACGCGCGUGAUCUCCACCCGCCGCAGGAGCUUGCCGGGGAAGAUCUUCGACGCGCGGCCGUCGCCGAAGGCCUUCGCCGCGCCGCGGAAGGCGUCCUUCUGGGCGCGGUAGAGCGCGGCUGCCCCCGGCACGUCUGUCGAGGGGCCGACGGCGUCCAGGGAAUAUGCGUUGAGCGCGCCGACGGCGGUCACGAGGCCCGACGGAUCGCGGACGACGCGGCCGAACGCCUGGUUCGUCGCGUCCAACGCCUUCGAACCGGCCACGGUCAGUCCGAACGCCUGAGGAGAAUCGCCGCGCUGCCGCGUCAGUAUGCCCGCAGCGUCGUGCGCCACCGCGGACGGCUCUUUUCGCAACUUUGCGGCGAUGGCUUCGGCAUUCCGCGAGAGGACCUCGCCGCCGUCGCGACUCCGCACCAGGAUCUGCUCGCCGCCGAUCGAGCGCGUCUCGACGCCCCGCAGGCGGCGCGCGGCGUAGAUGACGGGCGCGUCGGCGGCGCGCUCGUCGAGGAUGGCCGACGCGUACGUCGGCGCCUCCGCGGCGGCGGGAUCGCCGAGCGCGAAGGCCAAGAAGGUAGCGACGGCCGCCGGCGCACGGCCGAAGAGCUCUACGUCGACGUCGCCGAUCCGCGGCGGCUCGGGAUCCUCCUCACCCUUCGCUCUCACGUAAAACGUGCCGUCCGGCCGCGCGAUGCGCAUCGAGAGGCGCACGGUCGUCGUGGCCGCCGCCGUCCCGUCGAGCGCGGCCUUCUGCGCCGCAAGGACUGCGGAGGUCUCGCGCGAGCUCUGCGUGCGCUGCGUCGACGGCGUCAUCACGGCGGACGGCGCCUGGCCGAGCCGCUCGCUGCGCGCCGCCGCAAAGGUUUCGUCGGCGCUCUCCGUCGGGACGUCGAGGAGCCAGUCGGGCGCCGCGACGGCUGGCGGCGCCAAGGUUGCAGCUAGGGCGCCGCCCAAUGCGCUGCGCCGGCCCACAGCUGCCUUUGGAUAGGUCAUAGCUUUGCUCAAAGGCAUCGAUGCGAUCAGGAUGGUGAGCUGUCGCAUCAUGACUGCAAGUUGGUUGCGUCGCGUGUGCGGCACGAGUGCGCACAAACUCUUCACGAGCGUAUUCCCGAGCAGAUAGUGUUCACCUGCCGUGGCCACGGCCAGCGAUCACCGCCGUCAGCGCGCGCUAGGGCACGUCAAAAACGCGCU